CUCUUGCAGGUGUUGGCUUGGUUUGAAGAAGGAGAAGAAACAAUCACAGCCUUUGUAGAACCUUUUGUAAUCUUACUCAUCUUAGUUGCUAAUGCAAUUGUGGGGGUGUGGCAGGAGCGAAAUGCUGAAAACGCCAUUGAAGCUCUUAAGGAAUAUGAACCUGAAAUGGGAAAAGUUUAUCGACAAGACAGAAAAAGUGUACAAAGGAUAAAAGCAAGAGACAUCGUCCCUGGUGAUAUCGUGGAAGUAGCUGUUGGGGACAAAGUUCCUGCUGACAUCAGAAUUACUUCUAUAAAAUCAACAACUCUACGAGUAGACCAGUCGAUUCUCACAGGUGAAUCUGUCUCGGUAAUUAAACACACGGAUCCUGUGCCUGAUCCUCGCGCAGUAAACCAAGACAAGAAAAAUAUGCUUUUUUCGGUGAGUAAAAUCCUGGCCCGCGUGUCUUUUGUAGAUCAUUUGAUGCCUGCUUCAUUUAAAAGCAAAAUUAGCUUCUCCUCACUCUGUUUAGAGCUCCCUGACAACGUUGCAUCUAUCGUGAUCGUUUAAAUCAGUGUUUUUUUCAAACUUGGCGACUUUAAG